UAUUCUAACUUGAUUAGAUUUCCAUAAAAACCGAGAAAUAUUGAAAGUACAUUGUUAUUGAGAUGCUACAUCGGGUCAUAUGCAUCAGGUGAUUUUUAACCAUUGAUGUGAUUAAAUAACAACUCACUAAACACCCAUACACAUGAGUGUGUGUAAUUAUAUUCAUAUCAACAAUUAUUAAUCACACAAUGUAUUUCAUCGCGUGUAACAUCAGAUAAACCGAGAUACAUGAAUAAAAAGAGCAUAUUCAAUUGACUGCACUCCAUUGUUACUGAUUCCUUAACAAAAGACAUUCAUUAAUUUUAAUUUUUAUUAAUUGAACAUCUUUAAUUAAUCACAUUUUUCCAAAGAAAGCCCGGCUCCAUUUAAUUUGGGCCGGGCUACACCUGCCCAUAUAUUUCACGGGCCCUCAAAGACCGAGGGCAGAAUGGGAAUAUGCAAUCCGAUAUACUUAACUGUUGGAGGCAAAUAUUUCCCGCCAAAAUUGUUGUGCUACUCCCAAUUCCCAAAUUCUCGUCGAAACCCUAAGGCUAAACUCGAGAUUGCGAAAAAAUGGAAGAGGAAAUCAAAGCAGAGUUCACUAGAAACGGCUUCAAUUUCGACGACGAGGAAGAAAUUCUCCAGAAAUGUCUGACAUUUUGUAUACAGUACAAGCUCAGCGCUUCGGAUCUUGUUUCCAUCUGGGAUAUUUACUCUCUCAACAGAGGAUUAGAGUUUACCGUGCGAAGCUCGCAUAUGGGUGCAUUUUUAGAGCAACUGCAGAGAGAACAGGUGGAUAAAGUCAAACAAAAAGACUCAGGACUGCAUUUGUACUCUAAUGACGUAGCUAUGAUAUUGCAUGGUAACAUUGAAGAGACAGAAGUCAUACUCGAUACUCCAAAUGCUAAGGGAACAUCAGCCCAAGAAAAGCUGUCUGAUUCUGCACAAAAAACAACCGGCGGCAAAUUUACCUUUGAAAAACCUCUAGAAUCGGUUACGCCUUUUGGGUCAAGAAAGAGCAAGUUUGUUGUGCAAACCACAAUUAACGAGCAACCCAAUAUACAGACGAUUAAAGUCGAAGAGGACCAUGAAAAUUCUGAGGAUGACAUCAUCAAGAGAGUUCAACCCAGCCAAAAAUGUUCGUUGCUAAUUGACAGAUCUCAGCCCGAACCAGGUUGCAGAUUCAUGUAUGACAGAAUUGAAGAUAAGUUUGAUUUCAUGGAAAAUUGCAUCAAAAAAAGAGCAGCUGCCUAUGUCUCGUCUGGCCAGUACGAGGAACCUGUUGACCCUUCAGUUGCUUCCCAGAAAAGUAUUUUUGCUGUCGGCAUGAUCUGCUGUGAGGAAGAAGGACGACUGAAGGAAAAGCCUAUUUUGCUGCAAAGCAGUGUUGAGCAUUCGGGCGGGCAGCGUGUUCGUCUUGACUUGCAAAAGUUAAACCAAUUUUCUAUUUUUCCAGGCCAGGUGGUGGGUAUUGAAGGGCAUAAUCCUAGUGGACACUGUCUUAUUGCAUCAAAGAUUAUUGAUACUGUCCCCUCGUCUAUUACUUCGACCGAACAACUGCCUUCCAAAAGACAAGCUUUGGAUCACGUUAUUCAGUCGUCAAAGGUUUCAUUGAUUGUUGCAGCAGGGCCUUUUACCACAAGCGGUAAUUUGUUAUUCGAACCGCUAACAGAGCUAUUAUCCUAUGCACGCCGAAAGCAACCUCAGUUGCUUGUCCUACUAGGCCCGUUUAUUGAUUCUGAUCAUCCAAACCUCAAGAAAGGAAAUGUCGAUCAGACUUUUGAUGAUAUGUUUCGCCUUGAGGUCCUUGGAAAGCUGCAAGAUUAUGUCGAGUAUAUGGGUUCUUCAGUAAAUGUGAUUCUUAUGCCAUCUUUCCGGGAUGCCAAUCACGACUUUGUUUUCCCGCAGCCUGCUUUCGAGAUUCGUCCUGCAGAUUUUAUUCAUCAGAUAUACAGCGUCUCUAAUCCGGGAAUGUUCUCUGCUAACGAGGUGAAAGUCGCUUGCUGCACAGUGGAUAUACUAAAACAUCUUAGUGCAGAAGAAAUCUGUAGAAAUCCACAAGGAGGGUCCAAGCAGCGGUUGACCAAUCUCGCAAAGCACAUUCUAAACCAACAAAGCUUCUAUCCCCUUUAUCCACCUGCAGAAGAAGUUCCGUUGGAUUUUUCUCUUGCAAAUGAAGCUCUACAAUUUUCAUCGGUUCCAGAUAUUCUCAUACUACCUUCAGACUUGGCUCACUUCGUAAAGGUGCUUUCUCUUGGAGAAGGAAACAACGGAGAAGAACAAGACAAGUGCCUUUGCAUAAAUCCAGGAAGACUUGCCAGAGGUGAAGGAGGGGGUUUCUUUGUAGAGAUUAACUAUAGUGGUAACCCUGAUUCAUCGACUGCUUCAAUCAUUCGCAUAUAGGCCGCCCUGAACCAUAACUCUGGUUAAGUGCAAGAGGUCGGUCAAGAAAUAUGCGAUGCUGUACUCGAGUACUAUGUUUUGGAAGGGCGUGUUUGGAGAAGCCAGAUCGAGUUGGAUUAUAUUACUGUGUUUUUUAGGCUUCCGAAAAAGUGUUGAAGAUAUUGAUAAGACGAGUGCAGGAAUGCAGUGGAAUAUAGACACGAGACAGCUUCAAGCUUCGGACCUGUAUUUGUUGUAAUGUAAAUGCAGGUAAUUCGUGUUGACGAAAAAAUAAAUUUUAAAUAUUUUUUUUUUUUUUUU